AUGGUACGAGACUCUAAAAAGAAAAAGAAUUUAAGGAGGAAGGCUAAAAAGCAACAACAGAAAAAUACAGGACAUACCAACGAUGAAUCCCAAUCUUCUGUGGACGCAGCUACUCAAGAACUCGUAGAUUCUUCAGAAACACAAGAUGUUGAAGACAACGAACAAAAUACUUCUAUAGUUGAGGAAAGUGUAACUAAUGAUAAUACUACACCAACUAUCCCUUCAAAUACUGAAAACGAUAUCACAGAAGAAACUGUGACCAUCGAUGGACAAUGCAAUUCAAAUGAUAAUGAAAUACCUACUACAGCUGUUGACAAUACGGAACUAGAAAAUAAUGAUGAUGAUGGCGGCGACAUUAAUUCUCCUGAAGAAACCCACCAAGAAAUAUCAAUAUCAACAGAUUCAAAACCAUCCAUUGCAAUUACCAACCUCGAAAAAAUUGAACAUAAUAUCAACAAAGAUCUUCCAAUUGCAACAAACAAUUCAGCUGACACAACUCCAGUCAGUCAUAAUACUGAAUCAAUCUUAGAAAAUGAUAAACAAACUAGCAUUAAUGAUUUGGAAACUGUUGAGACUCUAGAUGGAGGUGACUCAGAAGAAAGUAAGGCUAUUAGAUCCACGACGUUGAUUUUAAAUGAGGAGGACACCAAUGAAACUACAGGUGUUACUGAAAGUGUAGAGAAAGGCACUGUCGACGUCUCAUAUCAGACAAUAAAUGAAGAUAAUAAGAUUGAUAGUCAGUCUACUUAUUCCAAUAAUAUAAUAUUGAACAACGACCCUUCUGAGAUUGGUGAAAGCGUGUCUAUGUCAUUGCCAAAUGAUGUUAAUUCCAAUAAUGUUAAAUUAGAUGACGAUGCUGAUAUAUAUUCCAAAAAGGAAGUAGUUCAAGAAAUAGAAACCUUUGAAAUUAAAGAAAAUGAAACUGAAGGUAAAAUGAACGAUUUCGAUGAGAUGUUUGGAACCACUAAUGAUCAUGAUACACCAGACUGGUUAAAUGGCAAUAAUACAGUUGAAUCAAGCAACGUUGCGUCAAUUGAAUCACCUAGUGUUAAAGAAAAUGAUAUUAAGCAACAAGAUCGUAUCGAUUUCGAAGAUAGUAUUACAACUAAUCGUGAAAAUGACAGCAAUGAGAAUAAAGGGGACGAUUUCUUCUCUUCACUAAGGACAGCUGAUCAUCAUUCUUUACAGAAUCCAUUCAUUUCGGAGCAACAAGAGCCUGUUUCAACUAUCGAUAAUAUUACUAAAGUCGAUAAUGAUAUUGUUUCAGACACUGUGGCUACUGAGAUACCUCCCAAAGUCAAUGACAAUAUUUCUGACCCCGUUGAAGAACUAUUUUCAAACACAAAUAAAAUUGAAAAGUUACCUUGGGAAACAGAAUCUAUGGAAGGAAAUAAUGAGGCUGAAGAAGCCAAAUUUGACGAUAACAAUGAGGUUGUAAAUACAGAAAAUAAAAAGGAAAAUAAUGAGGUUUUAAAUAAACAGAAUAAUUUUGAUUUCUUGGAUAAUGAUGAUGAUUUAUUAGACGAUUCAACGGAAGAGUCUGACAGUUAUCUAGAAAAUGAUGAUAAUGAACAAUCUAACUUUUUGGAUUCAGCUAUUAACGCUCCAAUUCCUGAGCUUAGGAAGGAAUUACCAUCGAAUUCGAUUCUAUUGGGAAAGAGUGAGAGCAUGAAGUAUAGUCCAACACAGUCACCUAUUGCUAAAACUUCACCAUUAGAAACAGAAUCUCCUGGAUUUCAACGCUCCAGGUAUGAGCCAAGUUCAACACCGGUACAACUAAUUAGUGAUUCAAUUCCAAAGUCGGUCAAAAAAUCAAGUUCUAAGAGUGUGCAACCAAAAAUAUUCAGCACAUCGAAUGAAUCAACUGGUAUUUUGACACCUCAACUGUUAACAAAUAACGGUCCUAAAUUAAACUCUGCUAAAACUAUUGAUUCUAGUAAACAGAUUGAAGUUGCACAAUCACUUAAAAAGGAAAAACUAAAAUCUGAUGCUUAUGAUUUCCCAAUUAGCAUGGUUUUACAACCGGUUAAAAAAGAACAUGCUAAACCGGUUGCAAUUCCAAAAUCCAAUAUUCCUGUAAAUGACCUUCAAACACAAUCGCCAGUUCCAACUUUACCAACUGCAUCAUCAAUUAUAAACAAUACUAAUAUUAAUAUCCCAGUUAAUCCCUACGCUUCGAUACCAACACAAUCAAAAACACCAGUUAAUGCAAUAGCCAUUGAUAUGUACUCCCCUUCUACUGGGCCUACAAAAUCCCCACUACCAUCUAAGAAUACUCAGCAAAUACAGACGCCAUAUGAUGCUAGUUCAAAUACUGAUAAUUCAUCUAUUCCUGUUUCAACUGAUAGAUAUGCUCCAAUGUCGAACAUAAGUUCAAAAUCUCCACAUCCGCCUGUGAGAUCACGUAAAAGUAGUCCAGUAGCUCCUGUGAAUAACUCAUAUAUUUCCCCGUCUCUAAUUCCAAACAAGUUAAAUGGUAGUAUCGAUAACAAGAUCAAUGCUUCUCUAAAACCAAUCCCCUUAGUUCAGCCUGCAAACGCAAAUAUUUCACCAAAUGAAAACUACGGUAUUCCUGCUCCAUAUCUAAAGAGUCCAUCUUUGCCAGAACCACCUAUAUCUUUGGAUAAUGGAACUAAACUACGUAAUCCAUUACCAAUCUCUCAAAGAAAGAAAUCUUCUAGUCAUGCCAUAAAAGCAGAUAUGGCAGCUGUGUCAUUACUUCAAACUUUAAGUAAAGAAGCACCUCCAAUACCAAUUGUUCCAAGAGAUCCUUUAAUCAAAAACGCAGAAUCCGAAAAAAUCACAGCAAAUUCUAACUAUAUUUCAGGGCGUAUUGAUUCCUCGUUAGACAUCCCUGUCACAAGCUAUAUGCCAAAAUCUGAGAUUAUUGAAUCAUCUCUGAAGAAAGAAGACAGUAAAGAAUCUAAUCCAAUAAAUGAUACUAUAAUUAUUACUGAAAAAAGUGAUAAAUAUAAUGAAUCAGAAACAGCUAAGUACAGCAAAGAUACCAUACCUGAUGUUGCCAUCAAGGAAGAGGAAAGCGAAGCUACAGAAGAAGAGCAACUUGCUAUUCAAGAAAAAUUUGAAGAUGAUAAAAGAGAAGUCGUAUUAUUAGAAGAUAAGGUCCACAGUAUUAAUAAGGAGAUCAAACCUCUCGAUGGAGCUGAUGAAAGUAUUCAAACAGAAAGCCCAAUAACAGAUGAUACAUCGAAUGGAGCGGUUGACGAAACAGAAACAUCUCAUGGCGUGAAUGAUAUCUUUAUUCAAUUAGAAGAAUCGCCAUUGCCCUUCUGUUUUGGUGAAAAUGUUAUUGAAUCUUACCCUGGUCCUCUAGAUUCAUUUAAGAAAUCAAAAACUCAAUUAUCUUCAUGGCUGAGUGUCGUUCUAGAAAAUUUAACGACAACUUCAACUUUCUCAGUUUUAAUAUCACUCUUUAAAAUUUGGAUUGACUCGUCUAAUGUAGUGCAAGAUAUAAUUCAUAUUUUAAGUGAUGAGAAUAAACUACAGGAAGCGUUUGAUAACAUUGAACAUAAGAAAACUAUUAGUGAAAGUAAAAGAGAUUCAAGAAUUCUAGAUACCAACGGUAAAGAUAAAAUUUUGAAACUACUUCUUCUAGGCAAAAAGAAUGAAGCAUUGGAAUUUUCAAUGGAAAAUUCCGAUUUUACAAUGGCGUUAUUGAUUGCUAAUACUAUUGAUGAGGCCUCAAGACAUUCAGUAAUUAUGUCAUAUUUUGAAAAUAAAAUUAAUCCAGUCAAUACUGAGAAAAAGUCUAUUAACAUGUUAUUGCUGGCCCUCUUCCAAGUAUAUUCGGGAGAUGGGACACAUUUAUUGAAUAUAGCCAAAGAAAACCCUGAAACUAAAGAUUGGUAUGUCAAGAACUGGAACAGUAUUGUUUUGAUAUUAUUGAAAAAUUGUGAUAUGAAUGCUGGCAACAUCUCUUCAAAACCUAACUCUCACCAAAAAGUCACUAGCUUUUUAGUCGGAUUUUCAAAUUUCCUAAGAAAUACUGGAAAUAUACUUCCUUCAUUCAUUGUAUGUUUGAUUUCUGAUAUGUUAAACUCUGGUAGUGAAAAUGGCAUAGAAGUUGAUAUGUUAGAUUCUGUUUUUGGAAAGCAUACAGUAUCAUCGUCUAUAAUUUCAGAAAUAUACUCUCUCAUCAAAAUAUCAAAGAACCAAAAUUCAGAUGAAUUCCUACUUUAUUCCUCGAGUUUGGAGUGUGCCCGCUUGUUUUUCGAUAUUGGGUAUCACUCGAAGGCUUUGGAAUAUGUCAAUUAUUUUGUUUCAAUUAAAGAUAGACUAAUUGCCAAUGAAAUAUUUGUGGACACGAGUUUGGAACAACUGAAAGUUAUCUCUGAACUAGUCAAUCCAGGACAUUCUGACGAAUGGCAAUUAAAGAUUGAUAAGGUUGAGGUUCAUGAUAAAGACAGUAUUCCAAAUAUUGAUAGUACGGUAAAAACCUCUAUAAUCAAAGAAGAUAAAACUAGUGACAAUUUUGUCACUAAAAAAUCUCUAACUUCUAUAGCGGAAGAGCCUAACAAAUCAACUAUUGAUUAUCAGUUUAGCAAAACUACUGAUAUCGAUGUGGUCGAUCCGUCACUUGAAGGUGUUGACGUAAUCGACGUUCCAGAUGAAUUCGUCGUCAAAGAUUUGUCCUUCACUACUACAGCUAUUGACCUUAAACCUGUGGAAAACCAAGAUUUGGAUAGUUCAAGAGAAGUGGAAUCUUCGUAUAAUGAGGAUAUUACUGUUCUUCAUAGAGAUAUUCGGACUUUGGCCAAUUCUGAACUAAAUGCUCAAAGUUCAAAUGAUAUACUAUCAGAAUUGGAUUCUCCAUAUUCUCCUUACGCCCCUGUUCAAUCUGGUAGAAAGACAAUUGCAAAUAAGAAGUUAAAUUAUAUGCCUUAUAUGCCUACCAAUACGAUAAUUGAAUCGAGUAGACAUUCUUCAGGAAUGCUAGAGAACGAACCAUAUUCAUCAUCCGGUUUGUCUGUUUAUUCAGAUAGUACGAUUGCUGCCACCUUACAGGAUGAUAUUACAAAGAAUGAGUUAGGUGAGAUUGAUGCAAUGGCGACAGAUCAAAAAGUCAAUUCCUCAAAGAGCACUGGCAACAACGGCUUUCAAUCAAUGGAUGAAAUACCGGAAUCUAUGAAAAAGAGAAUAAGUUCUAUGAGAGAUUCAGCCACUGCCACUGGGAAGUUAUUUGAUCCAGUAAUUAAAAUUUCAUCAUGGAAUAGUAAUGGGCCAAAAAAGUUACAAUCCAAUGAGCUUGAUUCCAACAAUUAUGAUGAUAUUGUAGAGGAUGAGUCUGAAGAUGAAGAGGAGCGGGAACUUCAAGAAAGAAAAAGAAUGGAAGAGGAAAUGGUAAGGAAGAAAGAAGAGCAAGAAAUGAAAAAGAGAGAGGAGGAAGCCAAGAAGGAAAAAGAACUGGAAAGGGAAAGAGAAAAGAAAUCUAAGGAGAAGCAAGAUAAAGAGCAGUCAAAGCAAGGCGGUUGGUUCAAAUGGUUGAAGAAAGAUCCAAAUGAAAAGAAACCAAUCAAAGCAAAAUUAGGUCAUAAGACAACCUUUUACUAUGAUGAAAACUUGAAACGUUGGGUGAAUAAAAAUGCUACUGAAGAAGAAAACCAGAGACUUGAUACACCACCUCCUCCUCCUCCAAUUGUUAAGCGUAAAAUUGUUGAACCUGAACCUCCAUUAAAUGUUCAUAUGUCACCAUCAUCAUCUGUUAGAAGUCAGAUGUCAAUUCCAGCUGGUGGUAUUCUUGAAACUCUAUCUCCUGUUCCUCAAAAAAUUAAUGUAAGUAGUGGAAUUCCAUCAGGUCCUGCCAGUCCAGUUGCAGGAACUGUCCUACCACCAAACGUGACGUUAUCUGGAAAGAAGGCAAGUGGAUUAGAUGAUUUAUUAUCAUUAUCACAGAACCCUCCUGCUGGUGGUGCUAAGAAGAAGAAAAGGGGUGGAAGAGGGUAUGUUAACGUUAUGGACACUAAUAUUUAA